UGGCUUUAGCCCCACACUAGAUUUAUCAUGGCGCGCAGUUGUUAAAUUUGGAUAUUUUGCGAUCGUUGUGUUUUCGCUUCGAAAGGAAAAAAAUAUAUCAUACAAUAUUUACUAAUAUCUUCAGAUCUAAAUAGACUUUAUAGAAAAUAUUCACCAUGAGUUACAGGGAUUCGCUAUUAUAUCCUCGGUAUUCCCGACGUCAAGUUACUUAUUGCGAUUACUCACUAUUCCCAAGAACUCAUUCAUACUGUGCGGCUAAAGAGCAACGUGUAGGAUCCUACAUAAGGACCCUAAUGAGUUUUGGCUCGUCGCCGUCAUCCGUGCUCAGUUCGCUAUCGUCGUUCCGCAAUCGCCCAUUCGCGGAUAUCUCGUAUAAUCCCACUCCGGAUCUAAAUGAAGUCUAUCCGGGCCUGUAUGUUGGAGACGCGGUUGCCGCAAAGGACAAGGCAUUUUUAAGGCGUAUGGGCAUCAACUAUGUGCUGAAUACCGCUGAAGGCAAGCGUUACACCCAGGUGGACACAGACCACCUCUACUAUCGCGACUGCCCCGGACUUCGCUACAAAGGCUUCCAGCUUAUGGACUUACCAUCGACUGAUAUUUCAAGAUAUUUCCACAUAGCUGCCAACUUCAUUGAUGAAGGAAUCUCAAGUGGAGGACGCGUAUUAGUUCACUGCUUUAUGGGAGUGUCCAGAUCUGCUACAUGUGCGCUAGCGUUUCUCAUGAUUAAACGCGGAAUGUCUUUGGCCGAAGCCCUGGGCACAGUGCGCUCUCGUCGUGACAUUCACCCUAACGAGGGCUUCAUCCGUCAGCUGCAACAGCUGGACAGGGAACUGCGCCUCAACCGGAUCCGCUGACCCUACCGAAACGGUUCCCUUCAGACCCUCUUCAAUUUUUCAUUAGACGAUGCUGAUAGACGACGACGGGUGCGAAGUCUCGACCGAAGUUACCUCUAUCAUUAUUAAAAACGGUCGUGAAAUGUAAUAUUAAAAUUUCUGCCAAGUUGUUACCGUUUGUAUCUUACUACUGUGUAAUAAGAUCCAAAUGAGGAGUUACCUAACAACAAAGCCACUUCACCAAGGCCGUAUCCAAUUUCGUCUUAAUGAAGAAAUGAAGA